AGUCACAGACACCUACUGUAAAGAAUCCGCGGCCCUAUAUAAAACCUGACAAUGACACUUGCCAUUGCGCAAUCCAGUUCAGUAUAAAGAUCAGUGGACCAACCACUUCAGCGAAACUACUAACUAAGAUAUAACAUUCAUUGUUUUAGGGCUAGAAAAGGAAGCACAAACUUUUACAGGUCGAGUAAAGUUUCGAUAACAUUGUUGUUAAGAUUUCGCCAGAGUAGACAAGCAGUUCACCUUGUCACCCCAUUUAGUCAUUUGUCACACUAUGUCCACUACACCAACAGUGUCCACUCUUCUAGUAAGCACCUUGAAGGAUGAAAGUAAGGACAUCAACCCCCAAGAAUUAAUUAACAGAUUCGGAUGGCCGGAUUACUUGGUGUUCAGCUCUAUGUUGGUUGCUUCAGCAGCCAUUGGAAUUUAUUAUGCUUGUUCUGGAAACAAGACCAACACAACCAAAGAACUGUUGAUGGGGAAUCGGGCCAUGCGCACGUUUCCUGUGGCCAUGUCUGUGUUAGCAAGUUUCAUGUCGGCCAUUACACUGUUGGGAACUCCGGCUGAGAUGUACCUUUAUGGUACUCAAUAUUGGAUGAUUUGUCUUAGCUUCAUUUUGGUCAUCCCUGCUGCUGCUUACCUAUAUAUGCCCAUCUUUUACAAUCUUGGACUCACCAGCGCCUACGAGUACUUAGAAAAAAGAUUCAACCGGGUGAUUCGAACAAUGGCCUCCUGUGUUUUUUCUUUUCAAAUGAUGUUGUACAUGGCAGUGGUUCUCUAUGCUCCAGCUUUAGCGUUAGCUCAAGUUACUGGCCUGAACAUGUGGCUCUCUGUGAUAUCUAUCGGCGUGGUCUGUACCUUCUACACUUCAAUUGGUGGUAUUAAAGCAGUGGUUUGGACUGAUUUCUUUCAAGUUAUCAUGAUGUUUGGUUCAAUUAUCGUUAUCGUCAUCAAAGGAGCUCAUGACGAAGGUGGAAUACAGCAAGUGUGGAAAACGAGUGAAGAAGGGAAGAGAAUUGAAUUUUUCAAUUUUAGUCCUGAUCCUACUGUACGACACACCGUGUGGAGCCUUGGAAUCGGCGGUUACUUCACAUGGUUGGCUGUUUAUGGAGUUAAUCAAGCCAUGGUCCAGCGGUACUUGACUAUUCCUACUUUGAAAGGUGCACAAAAAACAAUAUGGUACAACCUUCCAGGCCUUAUUCUGUUGGUACUUAUCACAGGGCUAGCAGGCCUAAUCGUCUACACUAAAUACCAUGACUGUGACCCCAUCACUUUGAAAUUGGUCAAUGCUCCAGACCAGCUCUUUCCCUUAUACGUUAUGGACGUCCUUGGUUUUUUGCCUGGUCUUCCUGGACUUUUUGUAGCCGGUGUUUUCAGUGGAGCUCUCAGCACAGUAUCUUCAGGAGUUAAUUCUUUGGCAGCUGUGACAUUGGAGGACUUUAUUAAAACAUACAUCAGAAAUGAUCUUUCAGAACUUUGGGCUGCCCGUCUCACGAAAAUACUUGCCCUGGUCUAUGGUAUUAUUACUAUCAUUCUAGUGGUUGUUGCAAAAGAACUAGGAAACGUACUUCAGGCGACAUUGAGUAUUCGAGGAAUGAUAGGCGGUCCACUUCUUGGUGUCUUCACACUCGGAAUGUUUUUUCCCUGGACUAACAAUAAGGGAGCGGGUGGUGGACUACUAACUGGUCUGAGCAUCUCGUUCUGGGUGGGGUUUGGAGCUUUUAUCCAAAAGCCGCUGAUUCCUAGAGCGCCAGUUUCGGUCGACGGAUGUUUAGGAAAUCAUACUCUUCCAACAACUGUUGCUCCAGAAAUUCACAAUGCUGAAGUCUUUCCACUAUACCGAAUCUCGUACAUGUGGUUCAGUGCUAUUGGAUUCUUCUCUGUCCUCAUCUCUGGUCUGAUAAUCAGCUUUAUCACAGGUCCAAAUAAACCAGAAGACAUCGAUCCAAAGUUGAUUUGUCCAGUUUUUGAUAAAGUAUGCUGCUGCCUUCCCAUCAGACUGCGGAAGAAGCUAAGAUUUCGAGUUGGUCAAAACGUGUCCAUUUUGCCUCGUGACCAGUCUAUAGUGACCACCAUGUCCUCAGAAAGUUCAGCUGAUCUGAAAAAAGAGAAAAAUGGCGUUCUUAAUCACUCCUACAUCCCAAGUAUGACAGACCUGGAGGAACCUGAGAUGGAUAACAAAAGAGAAAAAUCCAAAAAUGAACUUAAUGCUGAAACCCAAAUAACACCGUUUUAGCGAAGAUUUUGUAUUUAACCACCUAAUUUAAGGAAACGGGUAUCGGUGCAGAUGUAAAAAAAAAAAAGGGUUAACGGAUAUUGACUUUUAUAAUAAAACAACAGUGUUAUAAUUAUUUUCAAUUUUAUCCAUUUUCAAAGUGACCAUCUUAAUCUAAAAAUUACAGAUUGUAUUUGAACAUUUCUAAAUAUAAGGUUGUUUUUUUACUAUUUAAUGACACUUUUCUAUGUU